AUGGAUGUGCUAGCUCUCACCAUGUACGGCAUUGUUUUAUUCCCUAGAAUAGAAGACUUUGUGGAUUAUACCGCAAUAGAUGUAUUCGUGGCGAGAAAAACGAGAUCGGAGAAUCCUGUAACGGUAGUCCUUGCUGAGGUUUAUGGGACCAUGAGUUUCUGUCACGAAAGGAAGGGGAAGAAAAUCCUUUGUUGUGUGUCGGCACUGUAUGUUUGGAUGACUGCACGUUUCUUUAAAGGCACGGUCAAUAUCCAGCGUCCUUCGGAAGAUCUGUCAUGCCGGGGGCUUACGAACAAAGAAGGAAGUGAGUGGGCCCGUUUCUUUGCUAGUUUGAAUGGAGGAAAAAUAAAAUGGCGUCUUCCUUGGCUUGAGCUCAAACAGCCUAUCCAACACUGUGGCCGCUUUCCCAAUGUACCUCUCAUAGGGGCCCGUUAUGGUAUCAAUUACAACCCUCUGUUGGUUCAGAGACAAUUUGGGUAUCCCAUGAAAGGGGCACCUUCACUGGACUAUCUCACGGCAUUUUUCAUCUACUAUGGGGAUGGGCAUUGCACUGAAAUGUUGAGGAAAGUUAGGAGUGCUUGGGAAAACGUUAUGCGAGCAGAAAAGGAUUUAAGAUUGGGAGUGAUGGACGACAAAGUUAAUUAUCACACCUGGAUCUGGGAAAGGGUAAAGGAAAUCAAAUUGCCUUUCAAGCCGAUCGUUGAUCAGCUAGCUAAUGAAGGGCGAUCCCAAGAACUAGAAAGCGAAGAGGUGAAGCAAUUGAAAAUAGAGAUGGAAGAACUGAGGGAAAAGAACGCUAGGUUGGAAAAGGAAUUACAAACUCUACGCAACGAUUUUGUUCAUAUGAGGAAUGAUAAAGAAGAAAAAGCACAGGCCUAUGAAGAAAUUGUCAAAAGUCAGAAGGCUGAAAGAGUUUAUACAUUCUAA